AUGGCAGAGAAUCCGCGCCUUCAGAUUGUGGAUGCGGUCCAAAGGCAAGUGCCUCAAGCUCAUACCUGUUUCACAUCCGGCGAAUACACAGACCUGACCAUCAAAUGCGGAGCCGACAUCCACAGAGUUCACAAGAUCAUCGUGUGCAAGCAAGUAGCCUUCUUCACUGGAGCUCUCAAGUUUGGUGGCAAGGAAGCGCAGACCGAUGUCAUUGAUCUCCCCGAGGACGAACCGAAAGUAAUCGCCUCUCUCAUCGAGUACCUUUACACGGCGACGCCACCGACAAGACCGGCGCGAAUGAGGAAGAAGCUGAUGAAGGCGAGGGUGCUGGAGAUGAAGAAGUUGGUGCUCUCUGAACUCGCUACGGAGAUGACACACUGCCGGCCCUCCGGUGUCAUUAUCAUAAUCGGCAGCGUACAAGCAGGCACUCAAUAG